UUUUUUAAAGACAGCGUUCUUCUAAGAAGGGGCGGAGCCGGCAUUGGACGCGCCCCUUUCUACAGAGCACCCUUUGCUUUUCAAGUUGAAAGCCACUUUCGGAAAGUUCCUUAUUCUUCCGCUCCUCGAAGUCCCAGUUAGAAAACCUCUCUCUCUUCCUUGCCGUCGGGAGGAAGGGAGGCGAAAGUCUUGUACCUCUAGUGGGAAGUAAAGGGAGAGAGAGAGAAGUUAUUAACCGCUACUCUACCAUCACUCGGCGUGCGGAAACUUUGCAUCUGUGACCGGAGGAGGAGGAGGAAAAGUCGCAUCCACGAACUGGACAAAGCGAACAGAAGGGGUGGAAAGGGCAGGAAAGCCCAAGGUUCAUUGAGCAAGGCGGCUUCGGGGAGCGCGAUGCGGAACGUUGCAGUCGAGCAAGAUCAUCAGCUUAGCAGCUAAAAGAAGCCAAGAAGUUUUUUUGUUUUGUUUUUAAUGGAAUAUAUAGGAAAAGACGUCCAAGAGGGCUCGUCCUUGCGUUGAAUUAAUUUCAACACUGGUGGUGUGCCAGCAAAAAGAAGAGAGGAGAAAUUUUUUUUAAAAAGCAGUUUUUAGGCAAGAAACUGAGAAUUACCUUUAGCCCAACUGCUGCAUUUCUUCCCCAACCCCGCACACACACACACACACUCUCGCUUGACUUGUUUGUUCCAGGGGUUUGCAAUCAGAGGCUUAUUAGCUAAACGCCCCCCUCCCGAAAUCUGUGUCUUUCGCUCUCUGCCUCUUUCGAGUUGGCCCCAGUUGGCAGGCAGUUUGGGAAGCUGAAGCGUUCAGAGAGCACUUGACGUUUCUUUCUGCACAAACGUGAUUGGAAAGAUCGGGGCACCGCCGAAGGGCAGAAUCGCCGAAGUUUCUCUGGAUUUAAAUCUCACCACCGCUGGGAUCGCCUCUUCUUCCUAGCGACUUUUUCUUUUUAUUCGGUUAAGAACGCCACCCUUCAUUUAUUCACCCACCCCCCCCUCCGGUCCUCCCUCUCUGUGCAUCUGGGUGUAAGUGAGUGAGGCUGUGUUUAUUUUCUUCUCGGAGCUUGGGAAGAAGAGAACGGGGCAACGAGACCCCUGGCUUGCCUGCUCCCCCCCACACACACACGCAAACACACCUUUCUUUCCCCCCCCCUCCCCGCAACUCCUGCUCCGGGUCUGGGGAGGGGGGCUGUUUCACUCGGUUCCGACUGCUGCCUUGUGUGCGCGUCUGUUCGGAGGAGAGCGCGAGCUUCCCGGGAGGCAGAUUGGCUGAGUCGAGUUCGCCAGCCGGGCUGAGACGCCUCCGUGGCCGACCCCUGCUUUUCUCCGGAGCUUCAUCCUUCCUCCACCCGCUUCGAGGCCGCUGAAAGUGGGCUACCAACAACCGGGAUUUUUACGCUCCUCGCUUUUUUUUUUUUUUUUAAACGGAUCCACCAUCUGAGGCUAUCUGGGUUGCCUUUGGGUCUGGGCUUCUAUUCUUCUCUGGCUAUGAAGGUUCUGUCUUGAAGAUGGAGACACUGUGGCUUUUAUUCCUGUCGCUGGUCCCGGUGUACAUCAGGGGACAAGGGGUCUAUGCUCCUGCCCAGGCCCAGAUCAUUCAUGCUGGGCAGGCCUGUGUUGUAAAGGAAGAUAACAUCAGUGAACGAGUGUACACAAUUCGGGAAGGUGACAUCCUUGUUCUGCAGUGUUUGGUUACAGGGCACCCACGGCCACAGGUGAGGUGGACCAAAACUGCUGGCAGCGCCUCGGACAAAUUCCAGGAGACAUCGGUGUUGAAUGAGACCCUUCUGAUUGAGAAGAUCCACAGGCUUCAGGGGGGUCGUUAUUACUGUAAAGCAGAGAAUGGGGUUGGGGUCCCUGCCAUCAAGUCCAUUCGAGUAGAUGUGCAGUAUUUGGACAAGCCCGUCCUUACUGUCCAUCAAACUAUCAGUGAUGUCCGUGGGAGUUUUUAUCAUGAGAAGACAGUCUUCCUUCGAUGCACAGUCAGCUCUAAUCCACCUGCUCGCUUCAUCUGGAGAAGGGGUGCCGAGACUCUUUCCCAUAGUCAGGAUAAUGGAGUGGAUAUCUAUGAACCAUUGUACACAGAGGGAGAAACAAAAGUUCUGAAGCUGAAAAAUCUACGACCCCACGACUAUGCCAGUUAUACAUGCCAGGUAUCUGUCAGAAAUGUUUGUGGCAUCCCUGAUAAGACAGUCACCUUCGAGCUGACCAACACAACUGCUCCACCAGCUCUAAAACUAUCUGUGAAUGAGACUUUAGUGGUAAAUCCAGGGGAUAAUGUUACCAUAUACUGUUCGUUAACAGGCGGGGAUCCUUUGCCUCAGGUAGUCUGGUCUCACUCACCUGGUCCUAUGCCUCUGAACAGCCUGAUUCAAGGGGGCAAUCUUACCAUCUGGGGCAUUCAAACCGAAGAUUCAGGUUAUUACAACUGUACAGCCAUCAACAAUGUGGGGAACCCAGCCAAGAAGACAGUGAGCCUAUUGGUGCGAUCCAUGAAGAAUGUAACCUUCCAGAUCACUCCUGAUGUCAUCAAAGAGAGUGAAACCAUCCAGCUAGGCCAGGACCUGAAGCUCUCAUGCCAUGUGGAUGCUGUCCCACAAGAAAAAGUUUUCUACUUCUGGUACAAGAAUGGGAAGUUGGCCAAAUUCUCAGAUCGAGUAGUUGUCAUCAAAAAUGACCCCGAACUUCCCCCUGUGACAAGCAGCCUAGAGAUAAUUGAUCUCCGUUUCACGGACUAUGGUACAUACUUGUGUGUGGCAUCUUUCCAAGGAGCACCCAUCCCUGACCUUAGUGUCGAGGUGAACAUUUCUUCAGAAACAGUGCCUCCAACUAUCAUGGUACCCAAGGGUCAAUCCAUCAUUACUGUCCGUGAAGAUUCUAGAGCAGAGUUACAGUGUGAAGUCCGAGGGAAACCCAAACCUCCUAUCAUCUGGUCCAGAGUUGAUAAAGAGGCUCCUAUGCCUUCAGGGACCAUGACAGUGGAGACUAAUGAUGGGAAGCUGCAUUUUGAGAAGGUGACUCAAAAAAUGAGUGGGAUUUACAAAUGCCAGACAGCCAGAUACAAUGGCUUCAACAUUAGACCUCGCGAAGCCCUGGUGCAACUCAACGUACAGUUCUCCCCUGUUGUGGAACCCGUCUUCCAGGAUAUUCGGCAAGCCAUGGGGCGUCGUGUAACCCUUCGAUGUACCAUGUUAAAGGGAAGCCCUAUGAAAGUGGCCACAGCUGUCUGGAGAUUUAAUGGUAGUCUUCUAACAGUGCCUCCAACAGAGCAGCAAGACUAUUCAGAAUAUAAAGUGGACACUGUAAGCCGGGAGACUAGUGGCAACUAUGAAUGUAGUAUCUCCAAUGAUGUUGGUGUAGCAGUUUGCAAAUUCCAGGUAUCAGCUAAAGCUUAUAGCCCAGAAUUUUACUAUGAUACCCCCAAUCCUACAAGGAAGCAAUCCAAGAACUACUCCUAUGUUUUACAGUGGACACAGAAGGAACCUGAGGCUGUCGAUCCCAUUCUUAGUUACCGUCUAGAUGUCCGCCAGCUGAAUCACAGGGACUUGCCCCCUAAAUCCAUUUCUGUGAGGAAGAUGGAAAAGGGCAUGUUACAGGAAUACCUCCUGACUGACUUGAAGGUGCCUCAAAGCUAUGAACUUCGCUUGACACCCAUAACCCGGUUUGGGAUGGGGGACAUCGCUACUCGCAUUAUCCACUAUAUAGAACCAAUCAGCUACCCUAACCCAGUAGGUAACACCUGCCACUUUGAAGAUGAGAAGAUCUGUGGUUAUAUUCAGGACACAACAGACAACUUUGAUUGGAUUCGUCAAAGCAGUCUAACCCAUGACCCGAAGCGCACUGCCAACACAGGCCCUACCAUGGAUUUCAGUGGAACACCUGAAGGGUACUACAUGUUCAUUGAAGCCUCUGCACCCCGAGUGAAGGAUGACAAAGCUAGAUUAAUCAGCCCUAUGUACAACAUGACCGCUAGAUUCUGUGUCUCCUUCUAUUAUCACAUGUAUGGGAAGCACAUUGGAUCCUUAAAUCUCCUGGUUCACGUGAGGAAUAAGCAACCCACUCAAGCCUUGUCACUCAAAGGAGACAAAGGAAAUAUGUGGCAGCAAGUACAUGUACCCAUCAAUCCUGCAGGACCUUUCCAGAUCAUCUUUGAAGGUGUCCGUGGGACAGGUUCUGAGGGAGAUAUUGCCAUUGAUGAUGUUACUCUGAAAAAAGGUGAUUGUCCAAGAAAGCCAAUUGUCCCAAAUAAAGCAGUUGCCCUUCCAGGAAAUUCUGCUGUCACCCAACACACAUCUUCUCUCUGCGGGCCACUAUUUUUCUUUCUUUACGUGCUGCUCAGAUGAUAGCAGUGAAUGCUCCCAUUGUCUGAGACAUUCCUCCUCCUUUCCUACUUGGUCACCCUCUGCUCCUGUAUCUCCCCCUCCUCACUGGCACACCAAAGUGUCCAUAUGUUACCAAAGACUAACAUGCAUGACUACGCAAAAGGGAUCCAGCUAAGAACCUAAGGGAUUCCUGGAGAAAGUCAUACUGUCUAAAAACAAAAUAUAUAUAAAUAAAGAGACAAAAACAAACAAAUGAAAGAAAGAGGGAGGAAGCAAUGGAAAGAAGAAAUGGAAGCAAAGAAUGAAAGGCAAUGCUGAGGAUGAAAAUGAUGUUUAAAAGGAUCAGUGGAAUGGAGGAAGGCAUGUUCCUUUAAGAACAGAGGACAAGACUUCCUCAGGGAAGUAGGAACUUUUGUUUAAAAGAAAAACAAAAUAUAUUAAAGCACAAAUUUCUACCAGAACUAUUACCUUCUUGGCUGCAGAACCACAGUUUAGAAGACAUUCUAGCAUACACAGUGCCAUUCUUUGGAAUCUCUGUGUUAAGACUUCUCCCUUACCGGUUUUGCCUACAACCUGUCUACUGCAGCACCACCUCCUCAUACUUCUCCCACUCAUCUCUGAUGACCACAGAAUCUUGUCCUCAUUUGCAUGUACUUCUGAGUCUUCAUAUGCGUUUUUAAGACUCUCAUGUAUUUACUCGUCCAUCUAUAAAUUUGCCUUGACCCAUCCAUCCCCAACUUCAGCUCAGCAAAGCAAAGAGAUAGACCUCUUGUGGAUUAUGGAGAUGAAUGGAGAAAUCUAGGGCAACCAUAAGCUGCAGGUUCAGCUGUUGACAUUCUUCACCUACCCAUCUCUUUUCCCCUUUUUCAGGCUGCUCACUUCUCUCCUUUAGUACUUUUUUUUUCUUCUACCAUCCCAGAGACAGAUUGUCAAUACAGCACAGAGACUAAAAGAAAAGGCUUCUUGUUUGAGGACCAAAGUAAAGAAGCUGAGUAGUGACACUGCAGUCAGUUACUAUCAAAGCAUGAGCUUCAGAAGCCUUAAGGCAAGGAUUUCCUCCACCUUUUGUUGUUGUUGUCAUUGCUGCUGCUGCUAAUUUAUCUAUUCCCUAUUUCCUUUUAGUAAUUCAGUCCUUACAGCCCCACUUCCUUUUUUAACUACAAGGGGAGUCAUACAGAUGCACCCUUAUAACAUCUGAAAUAUUUCCUUGUCGGUAGUAAUACCUAUUCUUGGCAUAUUAUUAAUCAAAGAUGCUGCUACUAUGGUGCUUGAUUUGCUAUUGAAGGAUUGGGUAGCUGUAUUGCAGCUGCACAAUGAGGUGAAAGACAAAUGGAAGCAGAAAAUAAAACUGUCUCUACAUAAAGGAACCAGGAUAGGCAGGCUGUUAUAGUUUUGAAGAAAAAUAUACAGGUAGUCCUUGUUUAGUGAUCACAAUUGGGAUCGGCAACUUGGUUGUUAAGCAAAGUGAUCACUAAGUAAAAUGGCAACUGUGCUUAUAAACCAAUAUCAGCUUUAUCAGGAGGAUAGGUUACAAAGGUACUGUUAUAACUGCAGACUGUUCCUUCAUGAGGCAGUCACUAAGCGAAGACUACCUGUACUUAGAUUGCAUUUAGUGCAGAAAGACAGAGGGAAAAACACCCACUGUUUUCAGGGACACUACAUUACCACUGUGAGAGGAAUGUUUUCUCAGGAAAGCCCAACUUGCACUUGGUAGUCCUGACCUGCAAGAUCAUUAAAGCCAACUCUAAAUCAUUAUAUAAAGAAGAACCCGUUUACCUACUAGGGAGAUAUUACUACAGCAAUGACAUACUCUGCAUACAUCUUAAUGGGUCUCUAAGACUUCAGGCAGCAUAAGUUUUUCCUCCAUCCACAGUCUUCCACACCAAGUUGCUACCAGACACGCUGGACUACAAUUCUCAUAAUCUUCAGCUGGCUGAGAAUUCUAGCAUUUGCAGUCCAACUUGCUUUGAGAGCAUUAGGCUGGGGAAGUUGAUCUAGCCAUUCAAAUACUUGCUAAAUGCUGCUUCAAAACUCCUUUGCUGGUAUAAAAUGGUUUGUCGUGAAUGCGACUGCUUGAGGGCUCCUGGAUUGGAGCUGAAAGGCGAAAGGGAUGCAGUAUGCUCCUUCCCACAUGCUGGGGUAGACCAGGUGCCUCAAUAGAAAAACAUAUAUAUUAUUACAUUUCUAGUAGCCUGAGCAUUUUGUUAGUCCUAUAGUGGACUGGCGAAAGAUAGAAGAGAGCAAGCAAUGUGAUGGUGGAAUGUCUGGCAAUGUUUCUGUAGUUCUGUGUUCUCUGGGUUUACAAAUGUACUAAUAGGAUGAAGGAUAAUUAAUGCUAACCCAGUUUCUGAUUUGUAUAAAGUUAUCUUAUUUAAUUUUGACCUGAUUACACACUUUCUUUCUCAUAGAAGACUUGGGUGAUUUUAUCAUUUCCACCAGCCCAGAGACAGAAAGUUUUGAUUAUGCAUUGCAAAAAGCUAUCUAUGAAAGAAUUAUGUUCUACUUAUCUCUUGCUAAAAGAAAAAUAGUGGAGAGUGGAUUGCAAAAGUGGCCUCCCUUAAUAAUAACCUCCAAAAUCCAUUCCAUGAUUGGUAUUAAUGUUUCCCUCUAAAAGGUAGAAAUAGCCUCAGUCUUCCUUCAGUUUUCAGCUUGUUGAAGCCAUUGAGGUCAAGUACUGAGGAUGCUCUCUUUAUCAAAGAUGUAAACAUUAACUUCCACUGACUGUCAGCAGAGUUAGGAACCAGGAGGCCCAACUUGGCCACUGGAAAACUCAUCACAAGUAACAUGGUACAGAGAUCUCCCCGGCCUCCAACUUCAAAAAUUAGCCUAGCCUACCAAUCCCCCAAGUUUCCUGCAGGCUUAGAACAAUAGGUCAUUUUUAAUGGAAAAGUUCCACUGAAUCUGUGAUCUGACAGAGAUGGAUUCUCUAUAAAAUGGGAUGUUCUCUGUAUCUGAGCAUUAACUGUGCUGCAAAAAUGAUUCCCAUUUGGUCUCUAAAAGAGAAUGUGCUUCUAAAAGGGAAGAUGCAACAUAAUUCUGGGUGCUGAUUCUUAUUUUGGGCCACCUGUGUGCACUCUCAGCAGUGAAGCAGCUCAGUGCAACCUUUACCCAUCUUCCUGGGAGUAAAUCUGUUUACUCCCAGGAAUGCAGCUAUAUAGGGCUGCAUGAUUAAAGGCCAUAUUGUCUUUUAGUAUAAGCAAGCUAAAAAUAAUACCGAGUUGUGAGUUAACUUUGAGAAUUUAGAGAAGUUUACUGCAAAAGGGGACAGCUGGCAUUUGGAAGAUUAAGAGUGAGAGAUUGGGAAGGGAAAUAAAGAACAAAAUGCAGAUCCUGAGCUGCUAUCUUCCUUCUCUGUCCUAUUUCUGCAGCAGCUUUCUGAUUUAAGUGUCCAUCUGUGUGAGAAUUGUAAUGGACUAAUGAAGUGCCUAUUUUUGCAAAAGAGAUACACAAAGUUCUCUCUUGGAUGGGGUGAGCUAGCACUGGCUCAGGUAUCUAUCAAUGAAAUAUCAGCCUUUCAAUCAUCAAGAAGUCUCAGGGAGCCUCAUUUCCCAAUACCCUUCUUGUUUUUAUUGCUCUUUUCUUUCUCUGGCAUGGAAGGAACAAGUUUCCUUAGUGAGGGUUGAUGUUUCUGGUGCCUUGUCAGAAGCAUGAAGGUUAAAAAUAAAAGGUCUCAAGUCAUUGUCCAGAUUGCUAAGACAAACCAUGGAAUGAACUGGCAUAGUGGUGAAGCUGCUUCACUUAUGCAGAAAAAUUCCAACUGUGCAUAAAACCCAAUGUUAGGAUCAGAAGAGCUCAUAUUGAGUCAUUUUCCUGGGCUUAUUCAGCCCAGGAAACUUCUCAGCAUUUCAAGGGAGCAAAAUUAAAAUAUUCUCCAAACAGAGAUAUUUUUUUGUUGCUGUGCUUGUUUUUGCUAGUGUUUUCACAGAAAGGGGGGGGGAAACCUUUCAGAGCUGCUUGAAGUAGCGGCUAACAGUCUGACACAUUCCUUUUCUAAUUAGGAAUCGGGUAGCAAAAAUACAGGAGACAUUGAGGUGGUAGGAAAGAUAGGCAGAAAAUGCUAAUACUUUUCUGGUAAAAUCAAAAUAGCCACUUGAUUGCCACAGACAUUUUCUGCCUAUCUUUCUGUCUGUCCUUCAUGUCAUCUCAGGAUCGUCUGGAUUUUUGCAACCCUAAUUUAGAAUAGAAUGUUGCAUGAGAAUAGAGUUUUGUCAUGGCAUAGCAUUAUUGUGCAAAGAUUUGAGAAGGAAGGAAAGAUGCUGGUUCCAUUGACCAAAACACCUUGAAUGGCCAUGAAUGGAGUGUAUGGGUUUUUAAUGUUUUUUAAAACAACUUUUAUGGUAUAUUGUUCGCAUUAUUUUUUGUUGUAAGGCGCCCAGAGUCCCCAGGGAGUUGGGUGGCAUAGAAAUGUGACAAAUAAAUAAAUAAAUAAAAUAUCUCCUCCUCAAAGGUAAUCCCAUCAAAAAUGAGAUAUCUGCUUUACUUGAAAACUAGUGACACCCUCCUUCAGGUUCGCAGAGGAAAAACUGAUCUCAAGAAAGCAUGGGAGGUACCAUCUCAUAUCUAAUUAAAUAUUUCAGCAUAGACCUCAAAAAAAGUUUAGGAAUCAAAUUAUUUGUAAAUAACCUUUUUGUUUAUUGUUUAUAGCUCAUUGUUGUCAGAUAUUCUGUUAUUGUGUGUGUAUGGAUAAAUAUAUAUAUAUACAUAUAUGCAUACAUACAUACUUAAACACACAUACAAAUUGAUCUAUUGAAGUGGUACAAAUUGUCUAGACGUAUAACUGAUAUAUAUCUAGGCAAUGUGUAGAUAUAUAUAUAUAUAUAUCUUAAAGCCCUUUUAAAGGAAGUCUGCAGUUGAAUGUAGUAUUAUUUAAUAACCCUUCACUAUUGUGAUACAGUUAUUCCAUAAGACAGUCUUUACUUUCUCAAAGUAAGAUGCAUCACUGCUUCUCAGCAAUGACUGAAGAAAAUGAUUGUAAAUAACAGAUCCAUCCAUCACGAAAAUAUCAUAGAAACCUACUGUACUGAUGUUUUCAGUGAGGACAUAUAUUGGAGGAGACAAGAAUAUAACCCAAUUAAAUAGAGUAUAUGUGAUAUAGGUUGAGGUAUAUACAUAUACAUUGCAUUAUAUUGGCAUUCCCAGAAUAUGCUAAAUUAAUUAAUCCAUUUUAUGGGUUUGUGCAACAAUCCAAAUAAAGGUUCCAAGUUUACAUGCUAUGUUAUGACAUAUACAUGCACAUACAAAACCUCACUUGGCAUGUUGCUUGCCUGACCCUAUUAAAUGUAUUGUGUGAACACAAUCUUAUAUUUAUGAUAAUAACCCACAAUACAUGCUCCAAAAAGUCAAUUACUGAAGAUCCAUUAGUUCCCUUUAAUGGAGACAGUUAAAUCUAUCCAGGUGCAGAAUAUAAUUACAAAAUAUCACUAUACCUAUUUUUUUUCCCUUGUGAGCUUAUCAAGGACGUGUUGAAGGGAGGUGGAUGGAACAAUAAGGACUCAUGGGCAGAAAAAAAUUUUUUUUUUAUUUAGCUUUUCAGCAUUGUGUGCCAUUUAUUACUCAUCCCAUUAAAUUGUUCAGGUUAGGGAAUGUAUUCUAACCAGAAUCAUACUCCCUUAUACAGAUGGAAAACUAAUACAAAUACAAAACCAAUCAAAAGAACACAUGUGAUUUGUCUAAAUAUUGCUUGUGAGCUGCCCAGGAUUAUGCUACAUCAGAUGGGCAAGCUCUACAAAUCCUUUAAAUAAAUAAAUGUACACUGGAAAAGUCAUAAGAAAUCCUGGUAACAUUUCUAAAGGUAGGACUGAAUCAAAUAUAGAGCAAAAUGUAGAUUAUUAUUGUAAUCCUGUGCAUUUUUACUCAGAAAUUACUUAUUUUAAAUUCAGUGGGUUUUAUUCUAGGUCAAUGAUGUAGAAUUGCAACUUAAAAAUAUGGUGCAUAAAUAACAAGUUAAGGGAAUAUUUAAAAAUGUACAGAUGCCAUUAUUCCUGAGAUGGUCCAAAUGAGAGGACUACUGUCCAGUCUUAAUGCCUUGUGCUAUAUAACACUGAAAGUGAAGAUCUCUAGUGUAGACAGUGCAAUCUGAUCAUGCUGGAGUGCAUGGAGUGCACCUUAUACAAGCAAAAACCUUUGAUCCAAGACUGGAAUUACUGUACUAGUAUUGACCAAUAUCUGAUAAAUAGAAUGUCUUUCUCCCAGCCUUUUCCAGCCUGGUUCCUUUGACUCUUCUGUCAGUGACUUCUGGGAGCUGUAGUCCUAAUACAUCUGGAGCACAAUAGGUUAGAGAAGUUAGUAUUUGCAAGAGAAUUGUUAAAAACUACCCUACCAUUGCUUAAGCUUCCCAAUGGAAUAUUUAACCUAUUGAGAUGACGACGAUGAUGAUGACAAUCCUAAAAGAAAGAAAAUAUUAAAAUAUUCUUAUGGAAUUGGCUUUUGCUUCUGCCAACAUUUCUCUUCUCUGCUAAGAUCUGGUUUUAAGCAGCUGGAUUCUUCUUAUCUUUGAAGCCCUCUGCACAGACUGUUUCUCAGCUCCCACAUGCACAGCACAGUCUUCAGCUAAGGUCAGCCUCGCAUUCUCCAUGUAGGAGCUGCCAAUCUUUGAAGCACUGUCUUAAUUUUCUGUGUUUUUCAUUUGCCCUGAUUGACCUUGGAUGAUGCUUAAUAAAUGAGCAAGACAUUUACUGAGAAAGAUUGCCCAUAGUGCCUUGAAAAAUUACAUUUUAAUGAGGACCAAUUUACACUCCAUAGUAAUAAACUGCAGUCUAGAGACAGUGGUUAUCACUAGACUGUCAACAUUAGGCUGCUUGGCAUCCUUAGAGGAAGGCAAGCAUGUUUGAGUAGUCUUCAGCUUUACAUUAAGGAGAGAACUGCAUCAAAUCAAGAGUUUUCAAAUGACCACAGCUGGGUUAUGAGAGGCUAUAUAAAUAGAUAGUAGCCCUUUUCUUGAUUCACUAUAAUAUGGGCUACAACAACGGUGUCAAACUCACAGCAUCACGUGAUAUAUCGCAACUUUUUUCUCCUUUGCCAAAUGGCAUGGCCAGCACAUAACACAUCCGGCCUGCGGGCUGCGAGUUUGGCACCUCUUGAUCUCAGUAUCUUUUGAAUGUCUUACAAAAGAAGAACGAUUUUCCCCUGGGCAGAAGAACAAUCAGCUAAACAAUAAGAGAAGAGAAGAUUCCAAAUGUUUGCUAGAUGAUUUGAUGAGCCUAUUGAAAAGAGAUUAUUACUAUGAGUCUAGCUAGAAGCCACCUUCAUUUUAGUCAACCAUCAUCUCGUUUUGCCUUUUUGUUGGGUUUUACUAUAACCAGUGCCAGCCCACUGAUUAGGCCCAAGAAUUAACAAUCUCAUACUGCGCUGUUCAUAUGCCAUAUUCAAGUGAAACCAGUUGUUUCAUCCUGUUCUUUAGAAGCUCUGACUGCAGCUUAUUUAUACCUAUAACCUGCUAAAUGUGCAAGUCUGUAGAACUUUCAGGCAAAAGCAUCCCAGUUUAAUUUUUUACAAAGCCAUUAUGUUAUUCUCCCCAGGAUCCACUUUAAAAUAAGAAAUGCAAAGAAGAUGUAGUAGAAUAUCUUCUUUUCCCCUUUCCAUAUCCGUUAGUGGCAUUUGAUAGUCCAAACAUUUAUUUUCCUAUUUAUUAGAUAACAUCUUUCUACAUUUCUGCCAACCACAUAUAAACAGAGUUCUUCAGCCCCUGCAUUAAAUGCCAGUGAAUUAAACUGUACCAUAAACACAAAUGUGCAUAGGUUCAUACAGUUUAGGAAAACUGUCUUAAGCAUUGUCUUGUGGGUUGACCUUUUAUCAUGCAGAGCAUUAGAAGGAAUGACCUUUGGAUCUUAAUGUCAUUCUCUAAAAUGACAAUGGAAGAGAAAUGAAUGUUUUUCAAGAGACUUACUGUUUGUGAGUUUAGUCACUGAAAUUGGGCAGGGUAAGGUGACUCGCUUUAGCAAGAGAGUUGGGAGUACUGUUACCCAUUCUUUAACCCAUAUUUGGAAAAUUUGCCAUUGAUUUCCUUAAAAUCAGAAUUGGUCUAGAAUUUCUAUAUAUCUAGUAAAUCAUGCAGGGUUUAUUUCUUACAAGCAAAGAGACCCAAUAAAAACUUGAGAAUACAUGAACAAUUUCACUUUUCCCAGGAAAUGUUUCUCCCUAUUCACUAAAUUCAGUUACUUUAGCUUGUCACACAACUUCUAAUAACACAGUUGAAAGGGCUGCGGUUAUAGCUAGAAGCUGAACUUGUCUACCAGAAGAAUCCCCACUGCUUUGAAACAUUUUCUUGUUGCUUAUACAUUUGGUUCAUAAACAUGGAUGGUGUUACAUGUGCGUGCUUACAUUUACUGAGAACUUUAGUUGGUUGGGGUGUUAUUUAAAUUGUAGCAAACAUGGAUGCUGUCUCAUAAGUUUAGGCAGUACCACAAAAUAUAAUGGGAAAAUCUCAAAAAUCAAUAAAUUAAUAUUAAUAUUUUUAUGUGCAUGCCUACAAAAUAGCUGAUUUCAAGUAUCUGAUCUGUUGAAUGUUGAUCAAGAGAGCAGAGACUCUCAUUUACUACUCUAAGUUGAAGAAGAACAUCUGACAGACACCUGAUACUCCAUUCAUUAACAUAGCCAAAAGUUAGGAGGUAGAUAAUUUCAUAUAUUGAGCCAAACAAUUAUUAAUGUUAAACUAACAUUAGUUAAUGACAGAAGGAUUAAGAGCUUACAUUUUCAGCAAAGAUUUCUAAACACACACACACACCCUUUAAGCGCCCCCAUGUACAUUUCUGGAAGCAAAACUCUUAUACAACUUUAUUCUGUCUUUUAUAGACGCCAAAGCCAAAGCAGUAAUUGACUGAUGACUAAGUUCAGCCACCGUAAAGAUACGUGGAAUUCUACUGGGAAUUGGUUGGUUCAUUGAAAUCAACUACAGGGAUUGUUUCUCAGUUUUUUCUUAGCCAUCAAUAUUCCUAGAUAGCACUGAAGUCCUAUCAAUUAGAACAGCGCCCUCCAACCUUUUGGGAUCGGUUCCAUGGAUAAAAGUUUUUCCAUGGACCAGAGGAGGCAUGAUUUUGCGUGCUGCCUGCAUCCUGCAGAUGGGGCUUCGCUUGUUUGCUUGGCCAGGUUGCUGGCAUGCCAUGGUCCGCUGCUGGUCCAUGGACCCUGGGUGGGGGACCCCUAAAUAAGAGAAUGCAUAAUGUUUACUUUAGUCACAAGCUGCCCUAGUUUCCUAAGAGUUGACAACUCUUAGAAAUGAGGACCCGGAUUGUGGGGGAAAUAAGCUGACUUUGUAUAAAUAUACAAAAGUAUGAAGGCUAUUGCUUAACGCAUUGUAAGCCACCCUGAGUUUCCGGAGAAGAGCGGCAUACAAAUUAAAUAAAAAAAAUAUAUAUCAGUCAAAUAAUAUUUGGUCUAUGAUAUUGAGACUGUAAUGUAUUAUUUUAAAAAUUCAAGCCUCCUUCAAGUGGAGCUCAACUCAUGAAUAUAUCCGUGUAGUUUUCUUACAGCAGUACGGAAGUGAUUUCCCUUUGCUUUAUAUAGGAGGCUCUUUCAAUGUUCACACUAACCUAUAGCCCAGAAAUUUUCUAAUUGCCUUCCACCCAAAUGCUAAACAAAUUCAACCUCUUAGUGUCUGCAGAUCAAUCAAAGUUGACUAGGUGAUGCCAACUACUAUUAAUCCAUCAAAUAUUAGUCAAAACUGUGGAGAAUGUUUUCCUUUUAAAAAUCCAUCCUGAGGGAACAAAGAGGUGAAGGGUUUUCUGGUUUUUUGGUUUUUUGGUUUUUUUUUUUUUUGUUGUUGUUAUUUGCAGCAUGUGCCAGGAACUCUUACAUAAGCUAAUUUUUGUACAGACUGUAUUGUGUGCCACACACAUGUCAACAUGGUGGCUUUCAUUCUUGUGCCCCUUCCAUUGUAUCAGAUUUUUAUAAGUCAGGGUUUACAUUACUCGGGGACUAUCUGUAGUAUAAAUGGCUUUCUUAGCCCCAUGGGGCUUAAGCAGCAGAAAUCAUGUAGCUGUAAUUCACCUUGGUGGAAGUAAUUUUCUCCAAUUUCCAAAUGUAAAAUUAUGCAGAAAGUUUCACUGACUUUAUAUAUAGCUAACUGCUUCCCCCCCUUUUUUUUAUUUCACCUUUUGAAUUUACAGUUGUUCGGAGUACUUGCUUUUGUGCAUUUUAUGUAUGGGGCAUAAGUAUAAGCCUUAUGUUCAUUUUGUAUAAGCCUUGUAUGUUCAAAAAUAUCCUUAAGGUUAUAACAUGGAUGUUUCACUUUGGUGAAUACAGUUGCUACUUUUUUAGUUCAUUAUUUAUCUCACUCGGGCGCCUAGAUGGCUCAAAUCACAUUUAAGCCCUGUGUUUUAACAUGUGUGCAAAUGUUGUUUCUGGAGACAUUUAGCAAUUUUGCUGUUGAGAAGUUUUGGGGAAAGCCAGUCAAUGGUAUAACAUGCUAUAAAUUAGAUAAAUCAUGUGAUAUUGGGUAUGAUGUGUGUUUCCUUAAGCUCCAUAUUUUAAAACACAUGUUUUUAAAGAUUUAACAUGGCUCUUCAUAAUUGAGCAAAUAGAGAAGAUAUGUAAAUAAAAGGCUCCAUUGCCCCCUGCUGGCUGGAUGCAGAACUGGUAAAACAUGUAACCUAGGAGUUCACCUCAUGGUGAAACUACAUAUUAUAUCUAAACAUGUGCAAGAAAAAAAAUGUUGUGAUUUAUUUCUUUACCCCAAAAAAAAAACUUCACAAGGAUUUUUUUUUUUAAGAAAUAACUAUUUUAGAUACAAAUUCAGAAAGUAGAGGGCCUAACAGACAAAUGGCAUCAAGUUGAGAGUGGCUUGUCUAAAACCAUUUGAGAAAGAGCUGCAGUGGGAAACCAACAAGCCAACAAAAGCUUUGACCACAUUGCUUGCUUUGUUAGGUCAAAAACUGCCCCUUCUUAAUUCCCCUUAAUUAAGAAAUAAAUGGGCUUUUGAUGUAUUCUUGCAGGUAAUUUCAAUCUCAUUUACUUUAGAUGAUGGGUGUUAUUUGUAAUGGUGAGGCAAAACUGCUUUUACAAGACAGGAGCAGUAGUGGGUUUCACUUACUUUCACUACCAGUUCAGAACUGUGAGCGUGUGUGUGUGUGCGCUAGCUUCACUCACACACAGCGUUUCUCCGUGAUGAUGUCCAGGUGGGUGGGCGGAGCCUCCCGGCACCGCCACUACCAGUUUACCCAAACCGGUAGAAACCCACCACUGGACAGGAGGCCUUAAAUAAUGGUUGUGAGGUCUCUUCAUCAAUAGGAAACCUCCAGAUAGCAAGUGCAGGCAACAGCAGUAACCUGAUCAGCUUUGGAGAACAAACCUUUGCGUAUGUGUGUGUAUACACCCAAAUUAUUCAACUUCCAUCAUUCCCUUGUUUUUUUCCCAAUCAAAAAAUAAUCAGUGAAACAAAAGUUCCAAGUAUAACUUAUUUGUGAGAUAAUAUAAACUAGUGAUUGGACAGGAAAGGAAUCCAACCUUGUGAUUGCUUGGGAGGAGACGGCCACAAAAAUGCCAAUAGUUUAAUAUUAACAUUAUAGGUAUAUUGAAUUAUAGAAUAGCUUCCACUAAAUGCCCUCAGAUAAAAAUAUGAUAUUGGGAGGUGUUGUGCUAAAUUAUGAUGUGUACCAGUGACAGCCUGAAUACAUAGAAGCACUUGAAAUUCAUGUUUGCCUUUCUUAAACAAUCAGAUCAAACUACGGUGAUUUUCAGUUUUGAAUCUUGUGGCAUACACAUUGUGACUAGGUACUAUAUAAGCUGUAUAAGAUUGAAGUAGGGAAAAAAUUACUAAUAUGAGUAUUAGAAAUCUGAUAAGGUAAAGCUGAAACAUAUGUGACCUCUUACGUAAUUUAUAAAAUUCAGAUAUAUCUUUCUAAAGUCCAUACUGGGAAUUGGAAAGCUAAACACAUGUGAAAUUGAAUGUUUAUGUACUGAUAAAGAAAUGUCAGUACCUGCACUAUUUUUAUUAGUAAAAAUUACCUAGUGCACCUUGCAUUUUCUGUUCUCUAUCAGUCACCACCCAGUUGUAACCUUUUUUAAAAAAAAAAAAAAUCCUGGUACUUACAUCGUUGCAUUUCCAAACCUCCUUUGGCCAAACAGGUUAGGAUGGAACAACAUGAGCAUCUGCUAACUAACCUUCAAGAGGCAAGUGGGAUACAACUGAUAUUGUGUCUUUCCCAUUUUCCACAAAUUAAUUGUCUGGGGCAGAGCAGAAAAUGAAAAAAAAGCAGCCCGCCUGUUCCAAUGCAUCACUUUCAUAGUCUUCAAACCUUCUUAAUAUAGCUUAUAAUUAAAAAGAAUAACACUGUGGAGUGGUAAUAAUAGAAUCGUUGUUCUGUAACAUGCCGUGUUUGGAUUUCUACCUUGCCACAAGCUGUUUAUAGUUGAGCUAAGUAAUCUACGUGCAAAAAAAAUGUUAAUAACAUCUAAAAUUGCCUUCUUUAAGAUAAAUUUGUGUUAUAAAAUUGCACAAGAUUAAAAUAGUAUCAUUAAAAAAACCUGCUGUACAAUUCAGAAGAGGAUGAUGGAACCUGCUUUCAACCCAGAUUUCAUAUGCUUGUAUUUACAGUUUAUAAUUAUUUCCUAAUGUAAGAGGAAGCAGUUGGUUAUUACAAAGUAAAAAGCAGAAUUGUUAUACAUUCUUCAAAGAUAAAUAAUUAAGAUCAGAUAAUUAGCAGGUUACUAGAACUAGGUGGUUUUUUUUUUUAGUUUUUUUUUUAGGGAUGUGUUGGCUCAGUGGCUAAGACGCUGAGCUUGUCGAUCGAAAGGUCAGCAGUUCAGCGGUUCGAAUCCCUAGUGCCGCAUAACAGGGUGAGCUCCCGUUACUUGUCCCAGCUUCUGUCAACCUAGCAGUUCAAAAGCACGUAAAAAAUUCAAGUAGAAAAAUAGGAACCACCUUUGGUGGAAGGUAACAGUGUUCCAUGCGCCUUUGGCGUUUAAUCAUGCCGGCCACAUGACCAGAGACGUCUUUGGACAGCGCUGGCUCUUCAGCUUUGAAACAGAGAUGAGCACCGCCCCCUAGAGUCGGGAACGACUAGCACAUAUGUGUGAGGGGAACCUUUACCUUUACCUUAGAACUAGUUUGCUGUUUUGGUUCAGGGACCUGAAAGCCAGAGCCCAUAAAUUGCUACAAAAAGACUGUGGGUGAACAGAGAGAGUGAGAUAGUGUCUGAUGCUCUUCUCAUUAAGAUCAUGAGAAGAAAUCGGACAAUUCCAGCUCCAUUAUCUGCCUGUAGUUUCAUCUUCAUUUUGUUCAUCUUCUUUGCUUCUCGUGAAGCUUCUCAUCAUCAUCAUCAUUGUCGUUGUCGUCAUCAUCAUCAUGCAGAGGUAGAAAGUAUCUAAUAAUUAAAAUAAUAAAAGCACAGAAUAUGAAGGGGCUAAAAGAAUGUUUGAAACAAAGCGAGAUGUUUUAUAAGCUUCCCCAUCACACAUACUCUGACCAUUGUUGUGUUCCCUGAAAAUAUCAACAUGGACUAUUUUAUUCCAAUAAAGCUGCAGUAUUUGAAAGUU